AUGGCGACAUCUUCUAGAAAAUCAAAUGCACCGGUUUUGCCGUUGACAUCGAAGUUCCACCGUUCAGGUUCUCCGUCUGGAAGAUUCGGAAGUCGCUCAUCGGCGUUUGCAGCUGAGGUCUCAUCGCCCUUUGCGUCAUCAACGAGUUCCAGCUUCUAUUCGUCUCCGUCUUCGAGUCAUGUUUACAGUCGACCGACUUCGCCGACGCGCGUGAACCUCCACGGAUUCGCUCCGGUGACUUCGUCGGCGGUGAGAUUCUCGUUGGCAAGCAGAUCCGGAUCUCCGAAUCGGUCGAUGGCGAUGAGUUCUCGAGAUCAGGUUGUUCGAAAACAGAACGCUGGAAAUCCACUGAAGAAUUUACCGAAGAAGACGUGUAUGUGUUCGCCUACGACGCAUCCAGGAUCGUUUCGGUGUAGUCUCCACAAGAAUUAUAAUAGCACACAAGCGAUGACCGGCGGAGAUCGGCGUUUGAGCCUCGACCAAGCCGUCUCUCCAUCAUGUCCAAGGCCGACGACUUAUGAUUUUCCACAAAAAUCCUCUGGUUGUACGGUUACAGCAUCAGAUUCCGUGUUACGUCCUGUGCCGUGUUAUGUUCCGUUACGUGCCGUGCCGUUCCGUCAUCGAUCACCGUUUGCCGUCUUGUUCGCCGUUAUUUCUGAGGUGCAUUUGGUGGUAUGUGCGUUUCGUGUAAGGAAUGAUCGUAUAAAUGUGGUUUAGAAGUUUUUGACCUUGACGCUGGAAAUGUGGAAAAUUGAAAAUUGAAGAAGUGGCUUCCUAAUUUCCCAUAUCUUUUUGGAGAAGUUAAAACAGUUGGGACUUUGAAUUAUUCCACACGCUAAAGACACCGAAUACCUAACUGGAAAGAUGUCUUUGGGUUGGGUUGAUAGACAAAUAAUGGCCCUUCAUAAAUAAAGAGGAAUCCGUCGACUAAAUUUUAAAACAUAAAAUAUUAUAAUUCAAUAUGAAUACAUAUAAUAAUAAUAUAAAACAUAAAUGAUUUUCAUUGGAUAUAUAUGAAAAAAUGUUGGUUUUAAUAAAUCUAUGUUUUACAAAGAAAUGGCUUGCCCACUUUUUUAAUCAAUUAUUGUUCAUAUUUUUAAAAAGAUGUAGUAGUUAAAGAUUUCUCAAUUCUUGAUUACAUAAGAAAAAAAAACAUGAAUGCAAAGAUCAUGAAAACAUAAAAAAUUUCAUUCAAGUCAAAUUGGUUAGAUUUUGGUCAAUAUCUUUAUUGAAAAUGCCCUUGUUCAUGUAAAACCAUAGUGGUGAUGGACAGUAUUGUGGCGGGUUAAAAAUUAUUUGGACUAAAAUUGUAAUUAACGUAUAAAAACUAUAGGGACUAAAAAUAUAAUUGCAAUCAUUUUUUGGGGACAAAAACUUUAAUUGAUGCAAGUUAAAAACUAUAAGGACCAAAAUUAUAAGUUAAAAACUGUAAGGACCAAAAUUAUAAUUAAACUAUAGGUAUUAAAAUACAAUUUAAUCAUUUUCUCAAUUAAAAACAUGAACCAAAAUUAUAAUUAAUGCAAAUUAAAAGCUACAUGGACUGAAAUUGUAAAUAAUGCAUAAAUACUACAAGGACCAAAUGUGUAGUAUAGUAACUUCUUAAAUUUUAAACUAUAAUGAUCAAAAUUAUGUAAUUCAAAUAAAUUAAAAAUUAUAAGGACUAAAACUGUAAUUAUUGUAUUUUCUAGAGGGAUAUAUAAUAUGUAUGGGGAUCUAAGAAUUUUUGUUAGAAGGGUUUAUCAUUUAGUAAGAUGAUGAUUGAUGAGUCAUGUCAAAUAACACUUAAACUAGCUAGACUAAUCAAAAAAUAAGCAAUUAAGAGAAACAACUUACCGAAACAAAAUAUUUAGGUCAAUGUAAGAGAUGGAGUAGCACAGAGAUGAGUGUAGAGUCGCAAAGAGAUCAACAUAUAAAGAGGCAUUGGACAAUUAAGGCAGAGAAGCGAAAGGUGACAAUAAGACAUAUCAGUAUCCUUGUUAUGUAUUUGUGAAUUAUGAAUGUGUAUUGGUGCAUAUGAGAGAAGCAAGAUGCGGAC